GACAUAUUUGAGCAAACACAAAACUCGGGUCACGUGGUGUUACAUGGAGUUGGUUCCCAGCUGAAGCAGAGGAGGUGAAAAUGCCAAAGACCAGUAAAACAAAAUCAGCAAAGAGGAGGAGCAGCCAUGAGGAGGCGCUCCCACAGAAACAGGUCAGAGUUCAGCAGAGCGACGCCGCGUCUCCUCUGAGCUUCCACAGUCCUGACAGUCUGUUCCAGAGCCUCAUUCAGCCAAUGGGAGCAGAGCAGUUCUUCCAGGAGUACUGGGAGAAGAAACCUCUCCAUCUGCAGAGAUCCGACUCCAGCACCUCCUCCUACUACCAGACCUUGUUCCAGCUCUCCGACCUGCCGGCCCUGUGUUCCGAGGGCCUGGAGUUCUACAGGGACGUCAACGUGGUUCGCUGCGUCAACGGCAAAAAGAAAGUCCUCAACAAGGAAGGACGGGUGAAGAGUGGAAUUCUCCACAAGUUGUUUCAUGGGAACAAGGCGACGGUUCAAUUCCACCAGCCUCAGAGGUUCAAGGAUGAACUCUGGAGGAUCCAGGAGAAGCUGGAGUCCUUCUUCGGAGCUCUGGUCGGCUCCAACGUCUACAUCACCCCACAGGAGUCUCAGGGUCUGCCGGCCCACUACGACGACGUGGAGGUGUUCAUUCUGCAGCUGGAGGGACAGAAACAGUGGCGUCUCUACGAGCCCACGGUCCCGCUGUCGGCAGAGUACAGCGUGGAGUCGGAGGACAGGAUCGGACGCCCGACGCACCAGAUCCUACUGAAGGCCGGAGAUCUUCUGUACUUCCCCAGAGGAACCAUACACCAGGCCAGCACUCCAGCGGGCGUAGAACACUCCACCCACCUGACCCUAAGCACCUACCAGAGGAUGUCAUGGGGAGAUUUGCUCUUGGACACAUUUCCCAGCAUGCUCUAUGACAGCAGCAGGACUGAUGUCAGCCUGAGAGAGGGCGUGUCCAGGAAACUCCUGCUGGGCGGAGGUGACGGUGGCGACUCCAGCAGACGUCUGGUCUCCAGCCUCAGAUCUCUGGCUGAUCGACUGGAGCGAGGAGGUCUGGAGGUCCGCUCCACCCACAUGAAGAGCCUCAUGACCCGCCGGCCACCGUACGGCCAGCAGGAGCUCACGCCAUCAGAGAAGAUUCCUGGUCUGGAGGACCAGGUGUGUUUCAGAGACAGAGACCAUGUGAUGAUAACAGUGGAGUCCAGUCAAGAGAAGACGGACGAGGCCACAGAACUGGUGGUUUUUGUUUUACACUCGUUGAAAAAUAACAGACAGCGUCACAUGAUGGGUGGAGCUGACGAUGAGGGGGAGGAGCCUGACGUCUCUGGGGGCCUGAAGUUCCCUGUGUCCCACCUCCCUGCGCUCCGUCAGCUCCAUUGGUCGCUGCCGGUGUCGGAGCUCCAGCUGCCGACUCCGGAGGCUCAGGUCAGCCUGGCCCUGGCUCUGUGGAGUGAGAGUCUGCUGGACGUUCUAUAGAAAUUCAUCCUGGUUUUAUUUUGGAAAAAAAAUGCAUGGAAUUGUUUUCUGCUAAAUAAACUUUCUGUGCAGAAGUUUGUUGUCAUUAUGGGGGAAAUGUUUCUGGUGCUCACCUGUAAGUUUCAGCAAAAAAGUUAUUUUUUUUAUUCCUAACGUGACUUUAAAAACAGUUUUGUGCUCAUGUCCGUCAACAACGGUUCCAGAAAUAAACACCGACUUAAGUUGAA